AUGGAGGAUCCACCUUUUGUUGAAAACGGCUUGCAGCGACUGAGGCAUCUCACAUGGGCCUGGUUCACCUUCCCAAUGGCCACGGGCGGGUUGGCCCUGCUGCUCUCGCCCAAGAAUCAGCCUCACACCUUCACCGGCCUCGAGACCAUCGGUGACAUCGUCUACAUCUGUGACCUGUUUAUCUUCACCUUCAUCGCUUCUGCGAUCACAUACCGAUUUAUUCGAUGGCCGGGCACGCUCAAAGCCAGUCUCGUCCACCCGACCGAGUCCCUCUUCUUCGGCACAUCAUUCCUCUCGCUCGCCAGCAUCAUCGCCGGCAUGGCCCUCUAUGGCAUCAACCACACGGGCCAUUGGCUGCUGGUGACCUACCGCGUUCUUUUCUGGCUCUACUUCGCCUGCACCUUCAUUGCCGCCGUUGGACUCUAUUGCAUGCUCUUCACCAAUCCCCGACUGAAGAUCCAAGACAUGACCCCGGCCUGGGAUUUACCCAUGUUUCCUUUCAUGCUUACCGGCACCAUUGCCGCUUCGGGCAUCGAAUACCAGCCUCGUGCCGCCGCCAUGCCUAUGCUCUUCGCCGGCCUGACGGCCCAAGGCCUCGGUAUGCUCAUCUCAAUGGGCAUGUACGCCAGUUACGUGCGACGGAUGAUCAACUACGGCUUCCCGUCGCCGGAGUCGCGACCGGGCAUGUUCAUCGCGGUCGGCCCGCCGAGCUUCACGGCGCUCGCCAUCAUCGGGCUCGCGGACCACUGGCCGCGGGGCUACGACUAUUUCGGCUCGGACGACAUCACCGCCCAGGUUGUCCGAAUCCUGGCGCUCAUGACCGCCGUCUUCAUCUGGAGCCUCUCGUUCUGGUUCUGGGCCAUCAGCGUCGUUAGCUGCCUGGCCGUCUACCGCACCUUCCGCUUCCACCUGAACUGGUGGGCCUUUGUCUUCCCCAACGUCGGCUUCACCCUGGCCACCAUCAACAUCGGCAAGGCCUUGCGCAGCGAGGCCAUCCUGUGGGUCGGCUCCGUCAUGACCGCCCUGAUGAUCGUCCUUUAUUUCUACGUCCUGUGCAACCACGUCCGCGCCGUGUGGCGCAAGGACGUCCUCUAUGCCGGCAAGGACGAGGACCACUAUCACAAGGAGCGCAUGGAGAAGAUCGAGCGCCUGGGCGGCGAUCCCGAGAAGUGCAACUGUGCCACCACGGGCGGUCGAUAG